AUGGAUUUAGGAGAAAAGUAUCUUGGCACCCCUACAAUGUUUCAAGCUUCUAAAAUUCAAACUCAUAUGGGUAUCCUUCAAGCCAUUGAUGCCAGAAUUUCUAUCUGGCUUCAUAAGCUCUUGUCUCAAGCUGCUAGAACUACUCUAAUCAAACAUAUUGGUCAAGCCAUUCCCCUUUUUCAAACGGGAGCCUUCCUUAUUCCUAAACAUCUAUGUAGACAAAUGGAAUCUCAUCUAUGUAAAUUUUGGUGGGGAGAAACCCUUGACCCUAAAGAUAGAAAACUACAUCUUUUGGGUUGGGAUAUCUUGUGCUCCCCUAAAUCAGAAGGUGAUUUGGAUUUUAGGAAAGCUGAGCUAAAUAACUUGGCUAUGAUUGCUAGGAAUGCUUGGAGAAUUAUUGAAAAUCCCAAUUGUAUGUUAGCUACUGUUCUUAAAGCUAAGUACUUCCCUAGAACUGAUUUCUUGAAUGCCCAGGGAUGGUCAAUUAUUGAUCCUUGGUGUGAUAAAUGGAUCUCAGAUCUGGGUUUUGCUACACCAAACCCCUUAGUACCACAUGAUCCCAAUGUUAAAGUCUCUUACUUCAUUAAUAAUCAGACUAGAACUUGGGAUGUUAAUAGACUAAAUACUCAAUUUGAUGAUGCUUAUGUUAAGAAGAUUAUCACUAUUCCCGUAAGCCAGUUAUGGACUCCUGAUAGGAGGCUUGGAAACUUUCAAAGAAUGAUAGAUUUUCUUCUAAGUCUUCCUACAUGGGAAUUAGAGGUCUUAGGCCCUCCCCAUGUAUCAAUCUUUGGAAGCGCAUUUGGAAAAUUAGGGUUCCUCACAGAAUCCAAUUCUUUCUCUGGAAAGCUGCUAGAAAUGCUCUACCUGCUAGAACCAUUUUACAUACUAGAAUGCCCAUGCAUAGUGUUGAUUGUGCUAGAUGCACUGAUCCCCACGAAUCAAUGUUUCUUUGUUACCGUUCUUUGGUCUAUCUGGAAUAAUAGAAAUAAUCUUGUUUUCCAAAACCUUAAAGAAACUCACUUUGCAGUUUUAGCUAGAGCUAUGCUCUUGGCUAGGAAGCCUUGCUUAACUAUCUCCCCUACUACCUCUGUUAGUCAGUGUGACAAAUGGAUACCCCCCUCUUUUGGUUGGAUUAAAUGUAAUACUGAUGGAGCGUAUGAUGAUAUCUCUGGAGAUAAUGAUGCAGGAUAUGUGAUGCGGGACUUCGCAAGUAAAGCUUCCUUUUGUGCUUCCUUAGUUUUUGAAGUAAAGUCUGUUGAAGAAGCUGAAGCCAGAGCUAUUUGGGCAGUCUUGAAGAAAGCAAAGGAGGAAAAAUUCACUCACAUUAUCAUUGAGAGUGAUGCUAAAGGUCUCAGUGAUCAAUUUUCAUCUGGCAUGUUCGAUGGAGACUCUAGAACGGAUGUUAUCUUUAAGGACAUUCUAUUUUUCUCUUCGAAUUUAGUAGCUUGUAUUUUUCCUUGUCAACCUCGUUAUUGUAAUUCUGUUGCACAUGAGCUUGCUCAAUGGGCAAAACUGAACAAUUCCUUUAUGUAG